GUGAUUUUGGUCAGAAGUAUUUUAGUUGUCGAAUAAGGCGGAUCUCCGAAGCGGGUACAAAUAUAACGAACGAAAAAUUUGAAUUUCAAAGCGAUAUAAGAAAAAAAAAAUUGAUAACAGCCACUACUCCUACUCCUACCGUUGAACGUGUCCGGGGCUUAGGUUCUUCGCGAGUUUAUGACAGAGAGUGAGCGUGUGUCUGUGUGUGUGUGGCGCGAUAUUUGAGAAACGUAUGCAAAAAAAUGAUGCGCUUAUUGCAGUCUCGUGCAGCGGCAUUCUGUAAAAAAGAAGGCCUAACCAUGUCCUUCAACAGAUGGCGUCAUCAUGGACGAGUUAUAGCCAUACGACGUGAAGACCAAUCUGUGUGGGAAAGGAGAGCUGCCCUGGGUCCUACACAUGUCCAGAAAUUGGUUAAGCAAGGCGUCAAGGUCAUCGUACAACCCUCAAACCGGAGGGCCUAUCCAAUGCAGGCUUAUCUACAAUCAGGUGCCAUCAUCCAGGAAGACAUUAGCGAGGCCUCGGUGAUAUUCGGUGUCAAACAAGUGCCCAUCGAUGCUCUAAUACCGGGUAAAACCUACUGUUUCUUCUCGCACACCAUCAAGGCUCAGGAGUCGAAUAUGCCUCUGUUGGAUGCCAUCUUGGAGAAGAAAAUUCGUUUGAUCGACUACGAGCGCAUCAUCGAUGAAAGUGGCGCCCGACAGGUGGCAUUUGGCAAAUAUGCUGGUGUGGCUGGCAUGGUGAAUAUUUUGCAUGGCAUUGGCUUGCGUCUACUGGCCCUGGGUCAUCAUACACCGUUCAUGCAUAUUGGCCCUCCACACAAUUAUCGGAAUUCGUCAAUGGCGCGCCAAGCGAUUCGUGAUUGUGGCUAUGAAAUUGCCUUAGGUAUGAUGCCCAAAUCAAUUGGUCCCCUAACAUUUGUGUUCACCGGUUCGGGUAAUGUGUCCCAGGGAGCCCAGGAGGUAUUUCAGGAACUGCCAAUUGAAUACGUGCCUCCGGAAAUGCUGAGGAAGGUAGCCGAACAUGGAAGCCAAAACAAGCUGUAUGGCUGCGAAGUCAGUCGCUCCGACCAUUUGGAAAGACGUGAAGGUGGAGGUUUUGAUGCGAAGGAGUAUGAUGAGUUUCCCGAACGCUACAUCUCUACAUUCAGUCAGAAGAUAGCUCCUUAUGCCUCGGUCAUAGUGAAUGGCAUUUAUUGGGCUGUGGGUAGUCCCAAGCUCAUGAGCAUACCAGAUGCCAAGAAUCUACUGCGCCCUGCCAAUACUCCUUGGCUGCCGACCAGCAAGGGAAGCCCCUCCUUGCCACAUCGCAUGCUGGCUAUCUGUGAUAUUUCCGCAGAUCCUGGUGGUUCUAUUGAGUUCAUGAAUGAAUGCACCACCAUUGAUACUCCUUUUUGUCUGUACGAUGCGGAUCGCAAUAAGGACACAAAGAGCUUCAAAGGACCCGGUGUUCUGGUCUGCUCCAUAGACAAUAUGCCCACACAACUGCCACGCGAAGCCACUGACAUGUUUGGCGAAUUGUUGACACCCUUUGUAAGCGACAUCAUAAAGAGUGAUGCCAAGAAGUCCUUGGAGCAAGAGGAAUUCUCCUAUCCCAUCAAGUCGGCCAUUAUUGCCAGCAAUGGUAAGUUGACGGAUAAUUAUCAAUACAUUCAGGAGCUACGUGAAGCCAACAACCUUCGUUCACGUCACAAGAUCGAAGGCCAACCAGACAGCAACAAGAAAGUUUUGGUCUUGGGUGCCGGUAUGGUUUCUGCUCCAUUGGUAGAAUGGUUGCACCGUGAAAAGGAUGUCUCCAUUACAGUUUGUUCCCAAAUCAAGGACGAAGCAGACCGCUUGGCCAGCCAAUAUGCAGGUGUAAAUGGCAUUUAUCUUAAUGUGACCGAAGGCACCGAUCAUCUGCAAGAGCUUUGCGGCAAGGCCGAUGUCGUUGUUUCGUUACUGCCCUACAGUCUUCAUGGCAUGGUGGCCCGCAGCUGUGUGGAUGAGAAGACUCACAUGGUCACCGCCAGUUAUGUCAACGAUGAGAUAAGUGCGCUGCAUGAUGAGGCUCGCCGCAAUGGCGUGACGAUCAUGAACGAAGUAGGCCUUGAUCCUGGCAUUGAUCACUUGUUGGCUUUGGAGUGUAUUCACGAGGCCCAGGAAAAGGGUGGUGUUAUCGAGUCAUUUGUUAGCUACUGUGGUGGUCUGCCCGCACCUGAACAUUCCGAUAAUGCUUUGCGUUACAAAUUCUCUUGGUCUCCUCGGGGUGUGCUUUUGAAUACACUCUCUGCGGCUAAGUACUUGAGCAAGGGCCAGAUUGUGGAAAUUUCCGGAGGUGGAGAUCUCAUGUCGAAUCCCAAGAACUUGAAUUUCCUACCCGGCUUUGCUCUUGAGGGCUUCCCCAAUCGUGAUUCCACAAAGUAUUCAGAUCUCUAUGGCUUGGGUCGUGACAUCCAUACCCUGCUCAGAGGUACCAUCCGCUACAAGGGCUUCUCCGAGUCCAUUCAACCCAUGCAGCUCUUGGGCCUGAUCGACACUGAGCCUCAUGCCAUGUUACAUCCCAGUGGUCCUGAUGUAACCUGGCGUCAACUUGUCAUCCACAUGUUGGGUCUGGUGGACAGCAGUAUUUUCUAUGAAAACUUGAAACAAAAGCUUGUGGAGCGUAUUGGCGAUUCGGACUGCUUAGAAAGCCUGGGCUUGCUUGAGGAUACUCCAGUGGUGAAAUUAAAUACUCCCUUGGAUACUUUGAGUCACUAUCUGGCCAAUCGCUUGGCAUUUGAACCCAACGAGCGUGACUUGGUUGUUCUACGCCACGAGGUGGGAAUUCGCUGGCAAGAUGGACGUCGCGAAGAGCGCGGCAUUAACUUUGUGGUUUAUGGACAACCUCAAGGUCACUCGGCCAUGGCUAUGACCGUCGGCAAACCUGCCGCUAUUGCUGCCAAAAUGAUUCUGGAUGGAGAGAUUCAAGAGCGUGGCGUUGUACUGCCCUUCACUCGCGAUAUCUACCGACCAAUGCUGCAACGCCUGCGUGCCGAAGGUCUACAUGCCACCGAGACUUCAAAAUGGAUUCAAUAAUUCGCAAUAAUUCGCAACUCCACCACUCUACCUACUUGUAAUUAUCUCUUUGUAAUAUUUAAAUUAAAAUUAGCUAUCUAGUUUGUUUGAUUUUAAGAAUAAAUUCCAAUGUUAAUUAAA